AUGAAUUAAAAUUAUUCAAUACUUCUGGAAUUAACUAAAGAAUAAGAACUAACUUUAGCGAUAGAAAUAGCGACUAUUUGUGUUCCUUCUGUAUUUUUAUUAAUUUUUACUCUUUAUUGUUAUCUCAAGUUUGAGCACUUAAAUAAUGCAUAGUUUAAGUUAGUAACGAGAAUAUUAUAUUCAGAUCUAAUAUAUGAAUCUAUAAUGAGUGCGAUUAGUUUGAGUUACAUAAUAACUGAAAAUCGGAGUAAUGAGGAAACAUCCUUUAGAGAUUCAUAUCCAACCUUUUGUUACAUAUAAGCUUAUUUAUCGAAUUUUUCAAUUUUAACUAGCACAGCUUGGACAUCAAUUAUGUGCCACACAUUAUAUAUGUAAGUGUACCGGAAUACCUCUAAGAUGUAUUACUAUCAGUACAUAUUUGUUGGAUACGUGAUUCCAACAAUGAUCAGUUUUAUACCAUUUUAUGUUGAUGGGUAUGGGGUGACAUAUCCGAUGGAAUCAACAAAUUGCUUUUAUAAUAUGAGGUUGGAGAGGAGAUCUUAUGAUUUGUACAUAACUUUGUGUUAUUAUUUGCCGAUUUGGGUAGCAUUUUUAUAUAACUUGACAAUAAUUACAUUAGUUGUAAGAAGAAUAUUAAAGCAUAUAACAGAUUUUACAAAUAAAACAUAAGUUUUUGCCUUGUUUCUGUAUCCGACGAUAUUAUUCAUUUGCUGGGUGAUUCCUGGUUUGGUUCAACAAUUAAACUCUUCGUAAUCAAUUAUAUGGUAAUACUUAUCGUAUUUUUUCUGCAACAUACUUGGUCUACUGGAUGCUCUGUGUUAUUGCUUUACUGAGAUAUUUACUAAGAUCAGAAUCAAUGGAUGCAAUUUAGAAUAUUAGGAAGAUCUAUCAGAAAGCAACUUUGGGACCCAAACCAGCCAACAAUUAACCUAAGUAGUUGAUUCAUAAUAAUUGUGA